AAAAGAAGGUUAUAGCAUCAGAAGCACAUGUCAACACAUAAUAUUAUGAUUUCAUUUUUAGUAUUUAAUAAACAUAGAAAAAAUAACAAACAAUUUAUUAUUUCAUAUAUUGUGUUGUUGAUGUUUAUAUAAAUUUUUAAAUACACCAUGAGUGCAGAAGUUAAAAGUUUCCGGGAUUUGCAUUUAAAUUCUUGGAUUGUGGAGCAAUGUGCAAACAUUGGUAUUCGCAAACCAACUCCAAUUCAAAUGAAUUGUAUUCCAAAAAUAUUAGAGGGAUAUGAUUGCAUUGGUUGUGCAAAAACUGGAAGUGGAAAAACUUUAGCAUUUGCUCUUCCUAUUUUACAGAAACUUUGUGAAGAUCCUUAUGGUAUAUUUGCACUCAUUUUAACACCCACAAGAGAAUUAGCAUUUCAAAUUGCUGAGCAAUUUGCUAUAUUUGGAAAACCUAUUAAUUUAAAAAAAUGUGUAAUUGUUGGAGGUAUGGACAUGGUAGCUCAAGGACAAGAAUUAUCAAAUCGUCCUAAUAUCGUUAUAGCAACACCUGGACGUUUAGCUGAUCAUCUGGAGAGCUGUAAUACCUUUUCCUUACAGAGAAUAAAGUUUUUAGUAUUAGAUGAAGCAGAUAGAUUAUUAAGUGGACAUUUUGACGAACAGAUAAAGACAAUUUUUUCUGCAUUACCGAAAAAACGUCAAUCUUUAUUGUUUAGUGCAACUAUCACACAUACUCUAGCUCAAGUAAAGGAAGUUGCUUCCAAUAAGGUAUUUGAAUUUGAAGCAAAUGAUGAUACUGGAAUAGCAACAGUACGGGAACUUACUCAACAUUAUGUGCUUUGUCCACAAAAUAUUCGUGAUGCUUUCCUUGUUGAAGUGAUCAGAACAUUUAGGAGUACGAAUGAACAAGGAUUAAUCAUGAUUUUUGCAGAUACUUGUAAGAACUGUCAAUUACUAUCAAUGACUUUAAAUGAAGUAGGAUUUGAAAAUGUUGCUUUACAUGCUAUGAUAAAGCAAAAAGAACGCCUGGCUGCCUUGAAUAAAUUUAAAUCAAAUUUAGUAAGAAUUUUACUAGCAACUGAUGUAGCUUCUAGAGGUUUAGAUAUACCGUUAGUUGAACUUGUUAUCAAUCAUUCUAUACCUAAUGUUCCACAAGAAUAUAUUCAUCGAGUAGGUAGAACUGCUCGAGCUGGCCGUAAUGGAAUGGCAAUAUCUUUAAUAACUCCUCAUGAUAUUAAACUAUUACACACUAUUGAAGAAACUAUUGGAACAAAACUUACAGAGUUUAAAGUUAAUGAUAAAGAGAUAGUGACGAUAUUUACGCAUAUAUCAGUGACAAAGCGCGAAGCUGAAAUAAAAUUAGAUGAGACUGAUUUUUAUGAAAAGAAAAUGAUUAAUAAACGGAAAAAAUUGAUCAUGGAAGGUAAAACUGAGGAGGAAAUUGAAGCGAUUCUUGCUCCAAAAAAGAAACAUAAAAAGAGAGAGAAAAAAAAAUCCAAGAAUAUUGUAGAUAGUGAACAAAAUAAUGAGGAAAAUGUUAAUGAGAAUGAAGAGAUAAAAUAGAACAAUUAUGUAAACUUAACAAAACAUUAAAAUAUUUUUAUAUAGUUAAUGUAAAAAUAAUAAUUUAUUAUUUUAAAGAUCAAAAAUUGGUAAACAUAAGUAUUUAACAAUAAUA